AUUAUGAAGGCACCAAACUUCCGGGGGCAAGAUCGGAAGAGAGUUGUAAUUCUCAAUGGAAAAAACAUAUAUUUCCAAACAUGAACAAAUGGCACCAAUGUCUCGAGCGUUCCGAAAGGAGGGAUCAAAGCGGAGCUAAUCUCCAAGAUAUACAACGGCAAGCCAAGAGUUUCUAUAGGGACGACUCCGGAGGACAACCAUUUAAGUUUGGUAAUUGUUAUAAUUUGUGCAAAGAUUGGGUGACGUUUCAAGAUCUACCUCAAGAACAAUUUGGUCCAACAUCGGUUCAACGAAACACCUCAAUUUCUUUGGAGGAGGAUGAGGAUUCUCCUACUUCAUCUCAAACGCGAAUUCCUAGGCCUAUGGGAAGAAAUGCAGCAAGAAAAAUGAGACAAAAGGGUAAAGAGGCGGAAGUCAAAGCCAUUGGAGAAGAAAUGGUUGCCGGAAUGAGAGAAAUGGCGGCACAAAUGAAAGAGGCGGAAGAGGAAAGGAAGAGAAGAGAGAAGAAAGGGAGGAUCAAAGAGAGGUUGCUAGGUUAGAUACUAUUUUAAUUAUGCAAACCAUCAAUUUUACUCCAAGGAGUAAAGAGUAUUUUGAUGGGAAGAAAAGAGAAGCUCUCCACUACCUCCAAGGACGUGAAUUGUUUCCAAAUUCCGGCGAGACGACUCCAAACACACCCUAUGGGUGUGGA